AGGUCGUCGGCUAUGGCAGGUGUGGUGUACCCCAGACAGGCCCCCGUGGAUUUAGACACAUACCAAAGCUCCUACAUGGUCGACUACAAACCCUAUGGGAAGCACAAAUAUGUCAGGGUUGCACCGGAAGAGCAAGCAAAGCUGGACACCCAACUCCGGAACAAAGAGUUUUAUCGGCCAGUCCCCAUCGCCAACCCCCGGCUGGAAGAUGGGUACGCUGCCUUCCGAAGACGGCACAUGACCGCCAGAGACCUGGGGCUACCAGGCUUCUUCCCGCCCCAGAGCCACGUGACGACAGUGGAGGACGAAGGCAGGUUUCUCAGCGUCUGCCCAACGCUGUAUCCAGUUUCCCACGAUCUGUACCUGGCCCAUGGGGACCCCAACCGGAUUCGCCAGAGUGCGGACUUCCCAUGCCUUCUGGAGCCUGAGCGCCAGCCUGCCGUAGAGGUGGGCACAGGCUACUUUCUCCUGCCCGGCUGUGCCUGUCCUUAUCGCUGUACAGUCAAGGUCCCCAUCUUGAACCGCUGGGGGCCCUUAAUGCCAUUUUACCAGUAG